AUGUCCUCCACGGCACCUCUUCCAUUAGGAGAUUUUUCCAAGAUUUCUGCUAUUCCAGGUGUUUCGCCAAUGACGGAUGCGCAACAGAAGGAAUCGUUCUGGUCCUCCAACCCCAUUUUCAGCUACUUGAACAACGUCUACAAUAACAUCCAUGAGCAUAGACAUUCGCUGGCUUUGACCAAUCCAGGCACGAUUGAAAACCUGAACAAAGAAGUCUCCAGAGAUGUGCUCGUCAACCAGUAUUUCUUCACCGGUUUAAGGGCUGAUCUCAAUAAGGCAUUUUGCAUGAACCCCGCCUUCCAGACCUCGCACACUCUGUCGGUUGGCUCGGCCAAUUUGCCUAGCUACGCGUUCUCGGCGCUUUUCGCCAACGACAACAUGUUCAUUCAAGGUAAUGUCGAUAACGACCUCAGUGUCUCUGGUAGACUCAACUACGGCUGGGACAAGAAUAACAUCACCAAAGCAACCUUGCAGUUUUCGCAGGGUCAACCAAGCAUGUGUCAACUCGAACAGGACUACCAAGGCUCCGAUUUCUCGCUAAACUUCAAAUCCCUGAACCCAUCCGUUACGUCCAAGGGUGAUUUCACUGGUGUCGCCGUGGGUUCUAUUUUACAAAGUGUCACUCCACAGUUUGCGUUGGGUCUAGAAGCUAUUUUCAGCAGAGGUCAAUCGGGCAUGCCUGCCGAUGCUGCUGUGUCCUACGUGACCCGUUACGUGGCUCCAAAGCAAGACUGGAUCUUUUCAGGUCAGCUGCAAGCUAACGGUGCUCUAGUUGCUUCCUUCUGGCGCAAGGUUGCCGCCAAUGUCGAAGCAGGUUUGGAGACUAGUUUGCAAGCUGGUAUGGCCCCAAUUGCUGAUCCUGUCAUUGGAACACCUAUCGGAAUUCAACCUAUCAUUGAAGGUGCCACAACUCUAGGCUGCAAAUACGAAUACAGACAAUCUGUUUUCCGUGGUUCUUUGGACUCUACUGGUAAAGUCAGUUGCUUCUUGGAAAGAAAAAUCUUACCAACUUUGUCUGUUCUCUUCUGUGGUGAAGUUGAUCAUUUCAAGCAAGAAAGUAAACUAGGUUGUGGUCUGCAAUUUGAGACUGCUGGUAGUGAAGAACUUUUGAUGAUGCAACAAGGCUUGGACCCAAACGGUAACCCGUUGCAGGCUCCGCUAUAG